AUGCCGGUUUCCGUAGGCAAAGCUCUGCGCAGCCCCGCGGGUUGGCUGGAGAAAGGCCCUUGCCCGUCACCUCCAGCCCCCGUCACCUCCAGCCCCCGGCACGGUGGUGCCUCGCGGGCGGUUUGCGCGUUGUGGGCACCGUCGCUCCGUGCUCGCCAAACCAGAGACGUGCCGUGUGUGAAGUUUUCAGAUCCCGAGGAGCGGCUGUCCGGAAGCGAGAGGGAGGAGGACGAGGACGACGUCGAGGCUGCCCUGAGGAAGGAGGUCGGCCAGAUCCGCGCCUCGACGGCGUUCCAGUCGGUGGAGAGCGGUGCCAACAACGUCGUCUUCAUCAGGACCCGGGGGAUAGAACCUGAGAACCUGGUGCACCACAUAUUAAAGGAUAUGCAUGCCACUAAAAAGAAGAAGACAAGAGUCAUUCUGCGCAUGCUGCCCAUUUCUGGAACUUGCAAGGCUUUUAUGGAGGAUAUGAAAAAAUACACGGAAACGUUUUUUGAGCCUUGGUUUAAAGCCCCUAAUAAGGGUACUUUUCAGAUUGUUUACAAAGCUCGUAAUAACAGUCAUAUGAGUAGAGAAGAAGUAAUUAAGGAAUUGGCAGGAAUUGUGGGCAGCCUCAAUCCAGAAAACAAAGUUGAUCUUAAUAACCCACAGUAUACAAUUGUGGUGGAAAUAAUAAAAAACGUCUGUUGCUUGAGUGUGGUGAAAGACUAUGUCCUGUUCAGAAAAUACAAUCUACAGGAGGUGGUGAAGAGCAACAAAGAUGACACACAACAAAACCCAUCAAGUCUGACAGAAGACCAGAACUUGAAGGUAGUAAAUCCAGAAACUGAGGAGGAGAAGAGCUCAAAAGAAGUAAACCAAGAGAACAAGAAUCAAGGUGAAAUAGAAGCUGAUCCCAAGGAGAAUGAUGCACUGACAGUGUAG